CACCAUUUGAUAACUGACAUUCGAUACACUAUGAUUUAUUACUAUAGUGUAGUUUAUUAAUUUCGACAUAUUCAAUUUGAAAAUGAGUUUCGAAAAUAAGCUAUUUUUGGACACCAGGGAAAGCACAGUUGAAGAAAAAUGUCAACAAUGGAUUCAUACAAUAGAGCCGUUGUCUACUGGUGUCGAGUUAUGCUCUAUCAGCGACUGUAGCACGGAAUUUGUAUCGACUACCACUGAGAGUGAUUUUAUUACGAAUGUUGACAAUAGUAACAGUAUUGCGAAUGGAAACAAAUUGAAUAUUAUGUCCAAUGCUGGCCCUGGCGUUAAUAUAAACCAUGCGGAGAUAUUACAAACAGUUUUACAAGGAAAUAAUACCCAAACGUUUGAAAAUAUUCAGGUCGAAAACUCCAAUAAAGUGCAUAUCGGUAAUGUCACCUAUGUUACUGGACCAUUCAAUAUAAUACACACUAACGAUAGUAACUCUGGAUCAAUACAGCAAAUUAUUACUUCAACUUCUGUAGCAGCAUCUCAACAAUACGCAUCACAAAGCAAGAAUAUUAGUACUGCGAAUAGCGAUCGUAUUGAAGAUGAGGAAAGAAACAAAGAUGAUUUAUUUGUUAGUAAUGUUGCCAAAAUUACUGACUGCAGAGUGCUACGCAUAGUUGACCGAAGAACUUGGUUAGCUCAACCAGCUUUAGAAUACAAAAUACUAGAUACUCCUGUUCGGUACGUGAUCAUCUCACACACUGCUACUGAAUCUGCUGAAACACAGGCUGGAAUGGUAUACAUGGUGAGAAAUAUUCAAUGUUUCCACAUCGAGUCAAGGCGUUGGCAUGACAUUGCUUAUAACUUUCUGGUUGGUAACGACGGCAACGUAUAUGAAGGACGCGGUUGGAAAAAGGUAGGCGCUCAUACUCAUGGCUAUAAUGAAAGAGGAAUUGGUAUAAGCUUUGUGGGUUGCUUCAUGAAUGAACUGCCGGCGAAAAUUGCAUUUGAUGCGUGCAAGUUACUUAUUGAACGAGGAAUUCACGAAGGUUAUAUUCAAAAAGAUUAUAAGCUAAUCGCACACUGCCAAUGCAGUCCGACUGAAAGCCCAGGUCGAAUGUUGUUCGAGGAAAUCAAAACAUGGCCACACUGGACGGCAGAAACAUGAAAUUUCCUAUUUUACACUAAAUUAUACUGUUUUAUUUGAAAAUACAUGUAUGUGCUACCAUAAA